CUGCACGGAAGUACGUGGGAAACGUCUGCUUGUCUUCUGCGGUUACAAGAAGUGUCUUGAGAUGAGACCAACGGUGGUUUUAACGUGUUCAAUCCUCCUUUACUUUUUGGAGAUUUUCCGAGGUGUCCAUGGAAAGCAAGAAUGGCCGAUUCCUUACAGGCGAUUUGAUCGUCGUCCCGCUGCGGACUCGUACUGUGAAGCGAUGUUCCCCUUCUGCUCCACCGGCGACAGGGAUGGCCGGACGCCCCACAUGAAUAACUGGGAUGUCAUCUCGGUAUUUCGACUGCAAGCUCCAGUGUGGGAGUUUAAAUAUGGAUCCCUGCUGGGGAAAAUGCAUAUCAUGCAUGAUGCCAUUGGGUUCAGCAGUGCUGAGAGGGGGAGAAACUACACCAUGGAGUGGUAUGAACUCUUCCAGCUGGGCAACUGCACCUUCCCUCACCUGAGACGUGAGACUACCGCCCCCUUCUGGUGCAACCAGGGAGCUGCAUGCUUCUUUGAGGGGAUUGAUGACAUCCACUGGUCUGAGAAUGGCACCUUGGAGAAAGUGGGAGAGAUCUCAGGUGGCCAGUUCAACGAGAUGGCCUUGUGGGUCCAGGACGACAACCAGACUGGGAUUUAUUACGAGACGUGGACGGUCCGCUCGGACCCCGGCCCCAACGCCACCGUGUGGUUCGACUCAUACGACUGCUCCCAGUUCGUCCAUCGCACCUACAGGUAUCUUACUCAACAGGGAGCCAAGCUGUCCAGCCGAUCCCAGACCAACUACACUAAGCUCUACCUGUACAGUGGGGAGCCGACCUACUUGGGGGACGAUGAUUCUAUCUUCAGGGAUCCUUCUGCGAAGUCCCUGGCUGAAGACAUCCGCAAGUUCUAUCACCCUUUCCGACCACACCAGUCGUACAUGGACUUUGUCCUCAGUCUCGCGGAGGCUUAUCAGAAGGUGGUAGAGGAGAAGAGCUUCUACUUGUACUAUAACUUUGAAUAUUGGUAUUUGCCAAUGAAAUCUCCCUAUGUGCAGAUCACGUAUGAGGAAGUGCCUUUGCCGUAAAGCCACAAUUUGUAAUUGGUUUUUCAGGCAAACGGCAGCCAAGCCACUUUUUCUUUGCUAUAAAGCUGAGGGAUGGGGCUGGAAAAACGUUACCGCUCAAAGUCAGAUGGAGCUAUGGAUCGAAGGACUAUCGUUAAUUGAAAUUGCCAUUAAUUGAACCGCAAUAACUAUUGCAGAUUGCAUCUUUUUAGGUAGAGUUAGCGAUGCACGAAGUAAACAGCAAUAUCUGGCAGACUUCCGCAACAACUAAGAAUGUAAAUGUAUUGGUCCUGCAGCUAUCACGUUGGAGCAGUGUGAAAUGCACAUGCGCAGAUAUCUUUUGUGAUUGCAUGUUCUUGCAUUACGUCAUCUGCAAUUCAUUCUGCUGCUCGUGGCAAUGUCAUAUUGCUGAGCCUCUGUUGAACUUUCCAUUUGACUGGAAUGUAGUGCGAUUUUUAUCAGUAUGAGUGUUUUUAUUUUUUUUAAUGUACGCAGAGUUUAUGAAUUCUGGGAUUGAAAAUGCAUUGAGAAAGGCCAUUAAAAGGAAUGUUAAAGCGAGAUUCUCA